AUGGGGCUUCGUGAUGAUGAUGAUGAUGAUGACAAGAAGCACCGUGCAAUUAAGACCAAUCAGGACCUGCUUCCAGAGACGCCCUGGACAAACAUCUUCUACGAUGAUUUCUGGGGCACCUUACUCACACACAGCGGCAGCCAUAAGUCUUACCGACCCCUGUGCACCCUCUCCUUCCGCCUUAAUCACGCUGUGGGUGGGCUGGAGCCUUGGGGUUACCACCUGGUUAACGUGGUCCUCCACGGGGCCGUGACAGGCCUGUUUACCUCACUCGCUCGCCUGCUGCUCGGAGGAGGACUGUGGAGCCUACUGGCUGGCUUGCUCUUCGCCUCUCACCCAAUUCACACCGAGGCAGUGGCGGGUGUAGUCGGCCGAGCCGAUGAAGGCGCCGCCCUUUUCUUCUUGCUGUCCCUGCUGUGUUACAUACGUCACUGUAGGCUGCGGGGGCGUGCCGGGUCCUGGCGGCUCGUGGCGUGGUUCCUCGGUAGCUUGGGUUGCGCCGCCUGCAGCAUGCUCUGGAAGGAGCUCGGAGUAACCGUUCUGGCUGUAUCGGCGCUGUAUGACGUCUGCGUUUUCCACAGGCUCAAACUGCGACAGAUCGUUGUGCUCCUUUACAAGAGAAAGAACGCCCACCUGCUGCUGAACGUGUUUCUGCUGGCAGCGUGGGGAUUCUUCCUAUUGGCCUGUCGCUUCUACUGGAUGGGCAACAAGCCUCCAAACUUCUCCAACUCUGACAACCCAGCGGCUGACUCGCCCUCGCUCAUCACCAGGACCCUGACCUUCUUCUACCUUCCUGCUGUUAACUUCUGGCUCCUCCUCUGCCCAGACACGCUAAGUUUCGAUUGGUCGAUGGACGCCGUGCCUCUGAUCAGGAGCCUUGCUGACUGGAGGAACUUUCAUACAGUUGUCUUCUAUUCUGGUCUGUUGUUGCUAGCUUGGUUCGGCUUGUGGACACAUCGCACCUUUCCUUUUGUGACCCCGUGUGACCCGUCAGCAUGGGGCAACCUUGGAAAUGUCUUGAAGAGCCAGGGAAAGAUGGAGGGGGCGGAGCAGGCGUACAGAAAUGCCCUCUAUUACCGCAGCAACAUGGCUGACAUGCUCUAUAACCUUGGUUUGCUGCUACAGGAGAGCAACAAGUUCUCAGAGGCACUUCACUACUAUAAGCUGGCCAUUGGGAGCCGGCCAACUCUGGCUUCAGCCUACUUGAACACAGGCAUAAUCCUGAUGAAUCAGGGUCGCCUAGAUGAGGCCAAACGCACUUUCCUGACCUGUGCUGAUAUCCCAGAUGAGAAUUUGAAGGACCCUCACGCCCACAAGAGCUCAGUCACAAGCUGCCUGUACAACCUGGGCAAGCUGCUCCACGAACAGGGACACCAGGAGGUAAUGACAGGAGAGGCCUACAUCAGACUGAAUAAGCUGACUGAGGCGGAGUUUUGGUACAGAGAAUCGCUGCGAGCCAAGCCAGACCACAUCCCUGCACAUCUCACUUAUGGGAAACUUCUCGCCAUGACGGGGCAGAAAACAGAAGCGGAGAGGUACUUCCUCAAGGCCAUCCAACUCGAUCCCACAAAAGGCAACUGCUACAUGCAUUAUGGUCAGUUUUUGUUGGAAGAGUCACGGCUGCUUGAAGCAGCAGAGAUGGCAAAGACAGCUGCACGCCUUGACAGUGGGGAAUUCGAUGUGGUCUUCAAUGCAGCCCACAUGCUCAGACAAGCCAGCCUAAAUGAGGCAGCGGAGAAGUAUUACGGACAAGCAGCGAGCCUGAGACCCAACUACCCUGCAGCUUUGAUGAAUCUCGGGGCAAUCCUCCACCUCAAUGGGAAGCUGCAAGAAGCUGAAGCCAAUUACCUCCGAGCACUUCAACUAAAACCAGAUGAUGCCAUCACCCAGUCCAAUUUGCGUAAGCUGUGGAACAUCAUGGAGAAACAGGGCUUGAGGACCACGAGCCCCUGAGCUCAAGAGAUCCCGCCUACUCGCCAUCUGCACACCAGACCUGGGGAAAGGACAGCCUACACGCUCCUCGUUUGCUCCUGUCAUCCAGAAAAGAUGGAAGAGACUCAGGGAGAACGUUUGCUCAAAGAGGCCGUGACUGUACCACACAGCUCUCCUAGUGACUCCUGAGCUUCGCAUACACCUCAGGCCGGCAGCUUUCCUCACAAUCACUGCUCACAGUUUGGCAGACGUUAUGUGGUAUUUGGACUUUUAAGUACUUUUUUCAAAAUUAAGGCUUUUUUUCCUUUAUAACUAAAGCACUUGAAGUAGGGCUGCCACGAUUAGUCGAC